AUGAGGUGCCGGUUCUGGCCUUCUGGGCUCUGCAAGGCGCUUGGCCCGCUGCGGGCCGCCUGGCUCACCUUCUCACAGCCCGUGCCAGCCAGCUGCGGCCAGCUGCUGACCCAGCUCCUCCUGUGCAGUUGCCUAGCGGUGGCGGCGGCGAGCCUGGCUCACCAGUGGCUGGUGUCCUCCCUGCUCUGUCCAGCGGGACCCUCGGCCACCGCAGCUGCCGUCUGCGGCCUCCUGCUCUUCCUGCUGCUAGGCCUGGUGCCCCCAGCCCGCUGCCUGUUCGCGCUCAGCGUGCCCGCCCUGGGCACCAAGCAGGGCCGCCGCUUGCUAUUGUCCUGCAGCUCCGCGACGCUGGCCACCUCCGCCGUGCCCAGUGUCCUGGCUAACCUGGGCGCGGUGGGCCGCGUGAUGAGGUGCGUCACCGAAGGCUCCAUGGAGAACCUCCUCAACACCACCCACCAGCUCCACUCUGCGGCCCGGGCUCUGGACGCCAGCGGCCACCGGGCUGUGAGUGUCCAGCCCCAGGGUGACGCCUCUGCCUUCCACGCUCACAUGCUCAGGGUCACUCAUCAGGUCCUGGCCGACUUCUCUGACCUGGAGUCUCUGGCCCGGGGCACAGCAGUGGGGGUCCAGCGACUGGCCGGGGGGCUAUUUGCCCUGGGCCUCCUGGUGGACUCGGCCCAGUAUCUGCAUCAUUACCUCACGGACCUGCGCUUCGAUAAUAUCUACGGCACCAGGCAGCUGGUCCGGCGGCUGGAGCAAGCGGGGGACACACACUUGGUGGCCCCCCCGCCUCCGUGGCUGCUCUGGGCUGCCCGGCCACGGCUGACCCCCCAAGAGCUGCUGAAUUGUCUGCCCCAGCUGGCCACGCUCAUCCCUUUCCUGCUGGCCACAGCCCUGACCGCCGCCACAGACCACGUGACCUUCCUCCUGGCGCAGGCAGCUGUGGGCUGGGCUCGGGAGCUGCCCGUGGUGCCCGCCACGCUCACAGUCCAGUACAAUGCCACCUACACCGUCCUGGGCUUCAUCCCCUUCCUCUUCAACCAGCCGCCCGCCGAGAGCCCCUUCGUGUCCACUCAGCAGACCUUGGAGUGGGAGCUUCGCUUUACCUCCCCCACCUGCCCGCUGCUGGCCCCGCAGCCCCCGGGCACGGCUGCCCCCCUGGCCGCGGGCGCCCUGCAGCUCCUGGCCGGCUCCGCUGUCCUCCUGGAAACCUACGCCGGCCGCCUGCGCCACGCCAUCGCCGCGUCCUUCUUCCCGGACCACGAGGCCCAGAGGGUCCGUCACCUUCACGCCCGGCUCCAGCGCAGACGCCCCCGGGGGUCUCCUUCCCGCCCCCCACACCUGGACCUGCCUGCCGCCAGCACCCAGCGCUCAGAGGCUGGACACUGA